CAAACACAGCGACCCACGAAGAGUCCUCGCUCACUCACUCCCUCACUACUCGGAAGCUGAAGCACUGAACCUCUCAUUUCCAGUUUCGGCGACCACCCACCAAAUGCUUCGCCAUUUCUCGCCUUCCUCGGCUCCAUGAGUUUGCCGAAAAUAUUGGCGGUGGAAUUGGAGAUUUGAGUAAUUUUAGUCUAAAGCCCCUGGUAACGUAUACAAUUUGUCUUGCGGUAAGAUCGUCCGCUUCUGCAUUUGGAGAUGGCUUCUUGUUCGUCAAUGAGUAUUGCACCUUCUGUCACCCGGGUCCCUUUGGGGGUGUCUGGCAAUCGCGGGGACAGAUUUGCCAUCGAGAAUCAGUUGGGAAGAGUUAAUUUUCUGAGGAUGUGUGACCGCAAGAUUGGACUUAUGGAUGCCUACCAAAAUUACUGUUCAUCUCAAUUUAAAUGCUCUGUUAACUCACACAGUGUCAGUCCAUACCCGAGUAAAGACCCUUUCCUGAAUCUGCACCCGGAAGUGUCAAUGCUUAGGGGUGAGGGGAAUAACACAGUAAGUAAUCUGCAGAAGGAUAGUUCAAGUGGAAGUGUCACAGAGAACCUAAGAGAUACACCUACUCCAAAUACUUAUAAUCAAGCUAAGAUCAAGGUUAUUGGGGUGGGAGGAGGUGGGUCAAAUGCAGUUAAUCGCAUGAUUGAAAGUGCAAUGAAGGGCGUGGAGUUUUGGAUUAUCAAUACGGAUGUUCAAGCGAUGAGAAUGUCACCUGUCUUUCCAGAAAAUCGUCUACAAAUCGGUCAAGAGCUAACUAGAGGUCUUGGUGCUGGUGGGAACCCCGAGAUUGGCAUGAAUGCUGCCAACGAGAGCAAAGACACAAUAGAAGAGGCGCUUUAUGGUGCAGAUAUGGUCUUUGUCACGGCUGGAAUGGGUGGAGGAACUGGGACUGGUGGCGCACCUAUCAUUGCAGGAAUUGCAAAAUCAAUGGGUAUACUGACUGUUGGUAUAGUCACAACACCGUUUUCUUUUGAGGGAAGAAGGAGGACCGUUCAAGCCCAGGAAGGAGUGGCAUCUUUGAGAGACAAUGUUGACACACUAAUUGUCAUCCCGAAUGACAAAUUGUUAACUGCAGUGUCACAAUCUACCCCAGUGACUGAAGCAUUUAAUCUGGCAGAUGACAUCCUACGGCAAGGAGUUCGAGGCAUCUCUGACAUAAUCACGAUACCGGGGCUGGUCAAUGUGGAUUUUGCUGAUGUUCAAGCUAUAAUGGCAAAUGCCGGCUCUUCAUUGAUGGGAAUAGGAACUGCAACAGGUAAGAGCAGGGCCAAAGAUGCUGCUUUGAAUGCCAUUCAGUCACCAUUACUGGACAUUGGCAUCGAAAGAGCUACUGGAAUUGUUUGGAACAUAACUGGUGGCAGCGACCUCACAUUAUAUGAGGUAAACGCUGCUGCGGAGGUGAUAUAUGACCUUGUGGAUCCAAAUGCUAAUUUAAUAUUCGGUGCAGUGGUUGAUCCAUCACUCAGUGGUCAAGUUAGCAUAACAUUGAUUGCAACGGGGUUCAAACACCAGGAAGAAAGUGACAGUAGGCUCCAUCAGGCAGGUCAGCUUGCCCAAGGGGAGGUCCCCAUAGGAAUCAACCGGCCAAUGUCCUCUUUUAGUGAGGGUGGUUUAGUAGAGAUUCCAGAGUUCCUCAAGAAGAAGGGACGUUCACGUUAUCCAAGAGCUUAAAUUGUAAAGUGAGGGCUUUCUUGUCGACUUUGGCAUGCCUUCUAAGAGAAUGAAAAGGAUUCUCUGACUUUACAGGCCUGCUAAAUAUGACUAUGGAUCUUAACUAAGGGUUCUACAUCUUAGAUAUUAGAGUGCAUCAUUGGCUAGUGUUUCUUGUGUUUACAUUUUUAGGUUUGGUUUAAUAUGUUAUAAAUUUAGCUUAAAGGAAAAUAGUACUAGCUGCAUUGCCGCAAACUCAAGCGUCAUCUAAAUUCUCCACGAAAGUCAGUUGUUUUGUGAUAUUUGUUGAAAUAAUGCCCCUGUACAGAUGGUACUUACUUGGAAGUGGCUCCUGGUUCCUGAUGUAGCUGUAAUUUACUAGAUGCAGUUUAUUUUUGUUCUCCCAUUUUUU